CCCAUCUCUAAUGGCCACCGAUCUGCUGCACUUGAGUUGUUUGUGCCCUCAGAAGAUGGAUCCUACGGAAGUUUAGAGGAAACAUAUGAGGCGCUGAGAACAUUUCAAAUCCUUGGUGUAAAGCCCAAAAAUGAUGUUCAUCAAAAAGCAUGCUCACUUGUACUUGGGGCUCUGAAAUCUUCAUCGACCAUCACAAAGGAACUUUUCUAUGCUCUCAAGGUCAAUGGCCUAGUGAAUUGUCAACUAGAUGGUGGCCUCCUUAAGGGCGUUGCUUCAAGCCUUCAAAAGGCCGUGAAAGAUGCAAACGCGUUGUUUGAUUAUUAUUACUCAGUUGGAGGCUUGGUACUUAUCAAGGAACAAGGAUCCGAAAGCAACACAAUUCUUGCGGAUGGCAGCAAUGUUUUCCACUCCAUCAAGGCACUUAGUCAAAGUGAUGGGACAUGGCGCUUUAGAUCCGAUGGAACAGAAUCCAGUACUUACGCUGCAGGAAUAGCAUUUGAAACACUUGCAGGCAUUGUGGCUUUAUCAGAUUCUGAGAUCGAUCAAUCAAUGAUAGGUAUCGUCAAGAAUGAUAUAACGAAGCUGUUUGACAGUCUAGAAAGCUAUGAUGAUGGGGCUUCAUACUUUGAUGAGAAACGGUUGGAUGCCAGUAAAUAUCAUGGUCCUUUAUCUACUACUUCAUCAGUUGUGCGUGGGAUUGCAGAAUUUGGAGCAGUUAUUCCCGGAAGGUUGAAUAUCCCGGGAGAUAAAAUUUUGGGUUUGGCGAACUUUUUGCUUAGCAUUGGAGUACCACGCAGCACCAAAGAUUUAUAUGACCAGCUUGAUGCUUUGUCUAGAUUGGAGAAUAACAGGAUUUCCAUUCCAUUGGUUUUAUCACUUCCUUCUACAGUUCUUUCUUUGACCUCAAAGGAUAAGCUUGAGGUUAAGGUGUCCACAGUACUGGGUUCUGAUGCUCCUCCUUUGACAUUGAAUCUUAUGCAAGCUGUCAAUUCAAUCUCAAAGGAUGCCCCUGCAAUACAGGGACAGGAACUCAAGUUUGACAUGGGAAGUUCUGUUUAUAUGCUCGAUUUCCUUUCUAUGGGCAUUGAUGUGGGAACUUAUGACUUGGUCUUUGAGGUUUUGCUUCAUGAUUCCGAGCAGAGCAAGGUUUAUACUACUGGAGGCAGAACCAAAGCAUCGAUAGUUGUUACAGGCAUCAUCAAAAUCGACAAUGCAGAAUUAGCAGUACUGGAUAGUGAUGUGGGCAGUGUAGAGACAUUGAAAAAGUUAGAUUUGUCCAAAGAAAGUACUGUUUCUCUGUCUGCAAACCAUUUACAGAAGUUACGUCUAUCCUUCCACUUGGCCACUCCUCAUGAUAACCCUUUUAAACCACAUCAGGUGUUCCUUAAGUUGAAACAUGAGACCGGAGUUGAGCAUGCAUUCACAAUUGUAAAUUCUGGAAAGAAGUUCGAGAUAAUCAUGGACUUCCUUGGUUUGGUUGAAAAGUUGUACUAUCUCUCCGGGAAAUAUGAUAUUGAGCUCACAGUCGGUGACUCUGUGAUGGAGAAUUCAUUCUUAAGUGCACUUGGCCAUGUCGAACUUGAUCUACCAGAUCCUCCAGAAAAGGCGCCACACGCGCCUGCCCUGCCUGUUGAUCCAUAUUCAAGAUUUGGCGCCAAGACCGAGAUAUCACACAUCUUUAGGGCACCCGAAAAACGCCCACCCAAAGAGCUCUCCCUUGCAUUCUUGGCUCUUACUCUGCUACCUUUUGUCGGGUUCCUUGUUGGGCUUCUUAGGUUGGGAGUUAAUUUGAAGAAUUUCCCUUCAUCUGCACUUCCAGCUGGGUUUGCAAUCCUCUUCCAAGGUGGCAUUGGAGCUGUGCUUAUACUCUAUGUUCUUUUCUGGAUCAAGCUGGAUUUGUUCACAACUUUGAAGGUCCUCGGUCUCUUGGGAGUCUUUUUGGUGUUUGUAGGCCACAGGACUCUCUCCCAUCUGGCCUCUGCAUCAGCAAAGGUGAAAUCAGCCUGAGGAGAGAGAAACAAGCUGCAAUAUCAUCCAGUGGGAGGCUUGUUUUUCAAUUUUGUUAGCCCGAGUGUUUUCGCUAUCAAUGCCUCUCUUAGUUUUUCUUUAUUUUCCCCUUUUAACUAAUUAUUUGUAGAAUAUAAUGGGGUUGAUGAUCUGCAGAACCCUUUUUCAAAGUUUAUUAGAAGUAUUUUUUUUCUCUAUCAAAUGUCCAAAUUUUAUCCAGUUUUAUUGUCAAAUAGAUUAGUUUGUGUACGGUA